GGUAGCCUAUAGACACUAGCAUGCAUUCAAGAAUUAGUUGUUUGUUGUUUGUCAACACGUUUCAGUUCUUUCUAUUAUUUUUAAUAAAAACUACUAUAGGUGAUCUGUUAUAUGUCAAAAUUCUGUGUGCGAGUGAGAGAGAGAGAGAGAGAGAGAGAGAGGAGUAUCAGUGUGUUCAAGAAUCACAUAUGCAGCCACAGAAGUACAGAAAGAGUUUUUAGGUCAACUCUUGAGGAUUUGGGUUGAAGCAAUUCUUGUUUAGAAACUCGAAACACAAUCAAAGCCAUGGAUAAUGGCAUUCAAGAGAGACUGCUUCGUUCUGGUUCGGAAGGAAAAGAAGUGGGCGGUCUGAAAGGGAAGGUUUACGAAGAAUCCAAGAAGAUAUGGAGGGUAGCAUUGCCUGGAAUUAUAGCGCGAGUGGCUUCAUUCGGAACCAUAAUAGUGACACAAUCAUUUAUUGGACACUUAAAUUCAUUAGAUCUUGCUGGUUAUGCACUUGUUCAAACUCUUAGCGUGCGGUUUAUCAAUGGAAUACUGAUAGGCAUGUCAAGUGCAACUGAAACACUUUGUGGACAAGCAUAUGGAGCUAGACAGUACCAUAUGAUGGGCAUUUAUUUGCAAAGAUCAUGGAUUGUUGAUUUCAUAACUUCGACUAUCUUUCUCCCUAUUUUCAUCUUUGGGACGCCCCUCUUUAGACUACUCGGUGAGGAAGAAGGCAUUGCCAGAUCAGCAGGAUACAUCUCGUGGUGGUUUAUUCCGAUGGUCUACAAUUUUGUUUUUACAUUGACGAUGCAAAUGUAUCUACAAGCGCAGCAAAAGAACAAUUUUGUUGCCUGGAUAUCCAUUCUGCAAAUUAUAAUACACGUUCCCUUGUCCUGGCUGUUUGUUAACCAUUUGAACUGGGGAGUUGAUGGGGCGAUGGGUGCACUAUGCAUAUCAUCCUGGUUUGUUGUGUUUGGAGAAUUUGCAUACAUAUUUGGUGGAUGGUGCCCUCAAACUUGGACAGGAUUCAGCACGGCUGCUUUCAAGGAUAUAUUGCCUGUAAUAAAGCUCUCGAUAUCCUCUGGCAUUAUGGUUUGCUUAGAGUUGUGGUACAAUUCUAUUCUAGUCUUAUUGGCCGGUUACAUGAGUAAUGCAGAGGUUGCUAUAUCCGCCUUCUCUAUUUGCCUUAACGUCAAUGGAUGGGAAUUCAUGAUUUGCCUUGGCUUUCUUGGUGCUGCAUGCGUGCGAAUUGCAAACGAGCUUGGGAGAGGAGAUGCUAAAGCUACAAAAUUUUCUAUUAAAGUCCUAAUAACUACUUCGAUUGUGAUUGGUGUAUUCUUUACGGUUAUUUGCUUGGUCUUUGGAAACAAACUUGGAUACUUUUUCACUAAUGACGUGGAAGUUGCAAAGACUGUGUCAGAUCUUUCGCUUCUACUUGCGAUCUCUGUGUUGCUUAAUAGCAUAUAUCCAGUACUCUCAGGUGUGGCAGUAGGAGCAGGUUUGCAAGGCACAGUUGCAAUAAUCAACCUUUGUUGCUUCUAUUUGAUCGGAAUACCGGUUGGAGCUGUACUUGGAUAUGUUGCUCAUCUUCAAGUGGAGGGUAUAUGGAUCGGAAUGAACAUUGGAGUUUUCACUCAGACGCUUGCACUUAGCUACAUGGCGUGGAGAACAGAUUGGGACAAACAGGUCAGGAUAGCUUCAGAACGCCUCCAAAGAUGGUACCUGAAAUCUUCUGAAGAGCCGAAGCAUGAGAUCGAACAUGCUUAAUAUGGAAAAACCAAAAGAAUUUGAGGAUAAUUGAUUAAUAGUUAGUACAAGAAAAUUCUAUGGCUCCUUUGCUGCAGAUUUUGAUCUUGUAACAACCAUCUUUGGGAAAAUUUGGCCAGAUUAUGUCGUACUUAGAAUUUAAGACACAAAUCAAGGUAAACAUUUGAGUUUUGCCCGAUUCUCGUCAUGUCAUCCUGCAGAAAGAAUUAAUAAACCUAGAGAAAGUUUCACCUUUAGCAGGUUUCUGUCUGUAUUUCAUUCGGAAUAUUAAAUUUCUGAAAGUGAUAACAAUUUCAGCCUUUUACAUUUUUACA